AUGGACAUCGCCGCCGUCCUCGCCGCAACGCUCGCUGCGGACGCGAACACACGUCAAGCUGCUACACAGCAACUCGAAACCGCCUCUAUCCAGAAUUUUGCCGCGUAUGCGACCUUACUUUCCGCCGAGCUGGUCAACGACCAUUCGCAGCCUCAUAUCCGAAAUGCCGCAGGCCUCGCUCUCAAAAACGCGUUUACAUCCAAAGAUGAGACGCGUCAAGCCGAAGUUACAGCACGUUGGCUGAACGUCCCAGAUGAAUACAAGAUAAAGGUCAAAACCGAUUCACUCAGAGCCCUCAGCUCGUCGGCCGCCCGGGUCGGUGCCGUCGCUGCCCAAGUUGUCGCCGCGAUUGCAGCCAUUGAACUUCCAAAUGAUCAGUGGCCAGAUCUUAUCACCAAUCUGCUUGCUGGCGUCAGUUCAGGCGAUCUAAACACCCGAGUGGCCGCGCUUCAAUGCAUCGGGUUUAUUUGCGAAACAAUCUCACCAGAAAUUCUCAAGGUCAGAUCCAACGAGAUCUUGACAGCAGUUGUCCAAGGCGCACGGAGAGACGAACCAUCUCCCGAGGUCCAAUUGGCUGCAAUGAAGGCGCUGUACAACUGUCUGGAAUUUAUCAAAGAAAAUUUUGAUCGUGAGGGAGAGCGCAACUAUAUUAUGCAAGUUGUUUGUGAAGCAACACAAAACCCAGCAGUCCUCGUUCAAGUAGCAGCAUUCGAAACACUUGUGCGAAUCAUGUCGCUCUAUUACGACAAAAUGAGCUACUACAUGGAAAGAGCAUUGUUCGGCCUCACGGUUCUUGGAAUGAAUCACCCAGACGAGCGUGUUGCACUUCAAGCCGUCGAAUUCUGGUCGACUGUUUGCGAAGAAGAAAUUGACCUCGCUAUCGAAGCUGCAGAUGCUCAAGAAUUUGGAGAUCAACCUGAGCGCGAGAGCAAAUACUUCGCCAAGGUUGCGCUUCCCGAGAUCAUCCCUGUCAUCCUACGAUUGCUCAUGAGACAGGAAGAGGAUGCGGAAGAGGACGAAUGGAAUAUCUCCAUGGCGGCGGGUACAUGCCUAACUCUUCUCUCCCAGGCCGUUGGCGAUUCAAUUGUCAGUUUCGUCAUUCCGUUCAUCGAGAGCAACAUCAAGUCUCCUGAUUGGCACCAUCGAGAGGCCGCUGUCAUGACAUUUGGCUCCAUUCUCGAUGGGCCUGACCCUCAGUUGCUUGCACCUUUGGUUACUCAGGCCAUUGGUCUGCUGAUUGAAAUGAUGCGAGACGAAAACACCCAUGUCAAGGACACGACAGCCUGGACCCUUGGACGCAUAUGCGAUAUCCUCGUCACCACCAUCAAUCCAGAGACACAUCUUGGCCCUCUUGUUCAAGCCCUGGUUGCUGGACUGGAGGAUAGCCCUCGUAUAAUUACGAAUGCCUCAUGGGCACUCAUGACGCUUUCGGAUCAGAUCAACGAUGGCAUGGAGGAUGUCCCGACCGGACAUCUAUCUCCCUAUUACGAGGGCAUUGUGGCUGCGUUGAUGAGAGUCACGGAAAGUAACUCGAACGAGGCCCAUUCGCGCACCGCUGCGUACGAGGCACUGGCAUCAUACGUAACCCAUGCACCCAAAGAUGUCCUCAAUGUUGUCCGACAAGUGGUCAUGAGCAUCCUGGCUCGCAUGGAGGCACUCUUAGGCAUGACGAACCAACUGCUUGGUGUGGACGAUCGCAACAAUUGGAACGAGCUUCAAGGCAACUUUUGCAGCAUCAUUAGUUGUGUGACUCGCAAACUCGGCCGGGAGAUCCAGCCCCUAGCAGACAAGAUUAUGACCCUUGUUUUGCAGCUCAUCCAAGUUGCUGGGAAACAAUCUACUGUUCUUGAAGACGCUUUCCUGGUGGUGGGCAAUAUGGCGUCAGCUCUUGAGCAAGGUUUCCACCCAUACCUUCAAGCGUUUUUGCCGUUCCUGGCACCAGCACUGAAGGCCCAUGAAGACCCGCAGCUGUGCUCUGUUGCUGUCGGCCUCAUCGGGGAUGUCUGUCGUGCCCUCGGGGAGCUCAGCGCCGCUUAUUGCUCCAUGUUCAUGACCGCCCUCUAUGAGAACCUGACCAGUCCUGUCCUCGAUAAGAGUGUGAAAGUCUCCGUCGUGGCUUGCUUUGGCGACAUCGCUAUGGCAAUUGGCCCAGCAUUUGAACCGUAUCUCAACGGGACGACCGUGGUAUUGAGGCAGGCCGGAGAGCAGAAGGUAGACCCUAAGGACUACGAGACGUUUGACUAUUACAGUCAACUCCGCGAGGCCAUUCUGGAGGCGUACACAGGAAUUGUGACUGGCCUGAAAACCACGGACAAGAAAACUCUCUUACUAGAGCACACUCUGUCUAUUUUCGGGUUUAUUCAGUUGGUCUACGACGACGACCAUUCGGAAGGAGUUCUAAAACAAUGUGCCGGGUUGAUUGGAGACCUUGCGGAAACAUUUCCCAGCGGCCAGCUUAAGGAUCUUCUGCUACAAGACUGGGUCGCAUCGUUAGUCAAGACAAAAACCCGAAAUCCUGACCUUAAAAAGACGCUCCGAUGGGCGAGAGAGGCAAGUUGA